AUGGCAAUCUGCAUCACGUUCGGAACGCAUGAGUUUACAUCCAUGCUGCAAGGCUACGAAAAUGUCAGGGCUUACUGCUAUAACUGCCAACACUAUAAUGGACAUUGUAUUACGCGAUGGCCCUGGUUUACCGUCUGCUUUAUUCCUAUGAUCCCGCUGGCAACACACAAGUACAAGGAAGUCACAUGUUACACAUGUCGCUUCACCCAAGACCUACGUGAUCGCCCUGAUAUCACGCCAGAGACUAGGCCUCCGAUAGGUGCACCGGCUGGCCCAGCGCCACCUCCACAGGCCUACUGGGGACCUCCUCCUCAGGCUUCCGGGGGAGGCGGAUAUCCGCAGCCUCAGGCCGGGGCACCGCCGCAGAAUCUUCAGUAUAAGUGA